UAAAGGUGGAAUUUCGUUGCGACGUCCAGCGUUCGCGGCCCGCCGCGACGUCCAGCAGUAACGGCCAGCCGUUACGUUCGCGUGAAUUUCGUUGGAACGUCUGAGUCUGUGCUUCGGCAGCAUUUAUGUUCAUGCUUCUGUAGUGAAAGGUGCUUUUUAAAAAUGGAUAGGAAGACGUUAGCGGCAUUGAUUUUGCUAGAAGAAGAAGAAGAUGAUGAUAUUAGGCUUUUGCUAUCCAUUCGUGAGGACACUAGCGAGUUAUAUAAAUCUCGAAACCAAGAAGGGUAUUUUGAAAUACUUAUAAGAAAUCAUCUCAAUGCCGAUGAUGAAAAGUUUCGCAGUUUCUUCAGGCUAAAUAAAGAGCAAUUUAAUUUUGUGUUGAAUCUCGUUCAUGCAGAUUUGAAGAAACAAUCCACAAAUUGUGUGAAAAACCCAAUUUCUCCUGAGGAAAAGUUAGCGUUGACCUUAAGGUUUUUAGCUACAGGUGAAACAUUUAAAUCCCUUUCAUUUGCCUUUCGUAUCUCAUCCAGCUACAUUUCAAUUGUUGUCCGAGAAACAUUAGAAGUGCUAUGUCUGCGUUUAGUUCCUAUAUUUCUACCACCACAAAAUGAAAUAGAUAUGAAGGAAAAAGCACAGGAAUUUUGGAAUAAGUGGAAUUUUCCUAACUGCGUCGCAGGAGUUGAUGGCAAACAUAUUCGAGUUUUUUGUCCCAGAAAAAGCGGAUCGCUAUUCUUCAAUUACAAGGAUUAUUUCUCAAUAGUAUUGCUUGCUAUGGUAGAUGCAAAUUGCAAAUUUUUAUUUGUGGAUGUUGGUGCCUAUGGAAAAGAAGGAGAUAGUACCAUUUUUUCAACUUCUGAAAUGGGCAAACAAGUGUACUCUGGAAAAUUAUUUCCAAAAGACGAAAUGCUUCCCAAUUCGAACAAAAAGUUGCCGUAUGUUGUAGUUGGCGAUGAAGCGUUUAGAUUACACAGACAUUUAAUGAAACCAUACAGCAAAUUAUCUGCUAAAUCGGAUAGGAGGAAAACUAUUUACAACUAUCGAUUAUGCAGAGCUCGACGAGUCACUGAAAACGCAUUUGGUCUUUUAAGCCAAAUUUUUCGCAUUUACUACACACCAAUAGCUAUAAAUCCAGAAUCGUGUGAUAAGUUGAUCAUGGUAACUUGUUGUUUGCACAAUCUGUUAAGAGAUGCAUUUUUGGAGAAAGGCAAUCGACCCUUUUACGAAUAUGAUCCAAAUGUACAGAUCCCGAACAAUGUGACUCCAUUAGCAGGAGCAGGUGGCUUUGCAAGUGCAAAUGGUUUGGAAGUAAGGGAAAUGUUCACCCAGUUUUUUAAUGAGGAUGGGGCACUCCAUUGGCAGAAUGAUCGUGUUUUUAGAGUGUCCAGUUAAUUUCUGUAUGCUAUUAUACAGUGAGCGCAAAACUAUUGGAAUAAAUUCACUUAAAAUUCUUUUGUUUUUGAAAACAUAUUCGGACCCGCUAAUUUUUAUUUUUAGUUGCGCAUUUUCUAAACUAAUUUUUAUUUAUACAGGGUGCCCCAGAAAUAUAAAUAGUUUAAUAUAAAUAAUUUAAUAUAAUGUACUUAGCUAGCACAAAUAUAUACAUGCAUACUUACA